ACAGCAGCAUGGCGGCCAAGGUGCAGUCAACCAAAAGGGCUGACCCCAUUGAACUAAAGGUCAUCUUUCAAAAGUAUGCCAGUGUUGCGGAUAAGGAUGGAGAGCGGUACAUGACACCCAAUGAUUUCGUGCAGAGGUAUUUGGGUCUCCACACGCAGCUCCAUUUCAACCCUAAAACUGUCCAACUGCUCGCUGGUGUCGCUGACACCACAAAAGAUGGACUGAUCUCGUUCCAGGAGUUUCUGGCCUUUGAGUCCAUUCUAUGUGUGCCAGAUGCUCUCUUCAUUGUGGCCUUCCAGCUGUUUGACAAGACUGGCACUGGUGACGUGUCCUUUGAGAACGUGCGUGAUAUUUUCAGUCAGACGACUGUGCACCAUCACAUCCCUUUUAACUGGGACUGUGAGUUCAUCCGCUUGCAUUUCGGCAAUGGCAGAAACAAACGCCUCAGCUACCUAGAGUUCAGUCAGUUCCUGCAGGAGCUGCAGUUGGAACAUGCUCGACAGGCCUUCGCACAGAAAGACAAGGUCAAGAUUGGUGCCAUUUCAGGCCUGGACUUUAGUGACAUCAUGUCCACCAUCAGACACCACAUGCUCACACCUUUUGUGGAGGAAAACCUGGUCUCUGCAGCAGGGGGUGGUACCUCUCACGUGGUGAGCUUCUCCUACUUCAAUGCCUUCAACUCUCUCCUGAACAACAUGGAGCUGAUCCGAAAAAUCUACAGCACACUUGCUGGAACUCGCAAGGAUACACUCGUUACUAAAGAGGAGUUUGUUCAUGCUGCAAAUAAGUUUGGUCAGAUCACUCCUAUGGAAAUUGACAUCCUGUUUCAGCUGUCAGGGCUGCACUCCCAAACGGGACGGUUAAACCUGGCUGAUAUCGAGAGGAUAGCACCGCUGGAGGAAGGAGCUCUGCCAUAUAAUCUGGCUGAGGUGCAGAGACAGCAUUCACAUGGGGAUGUUUCUCGGCCUGUGUGGCUGCAGGCAGCUGAGUCAGGGUACAGGUUUGCCCUGGGCGCCAUCGCUGGAGCUACGGGUGCAACAGCUGUGUACCCCAUAGAUCUGGUAAAGACACGUAUGCAGAACCAGCGAUCCACCGGCUCCUUUGUGGGGGAGCUCAUGUACAAAAACAGCUUUGACUGUGCCAAGAAAGUCCUGCGAUACGAGGGAUUCUUCGGCUUUUAUAGAGGCUUGUUGCCCCAGCUCAUCGGAGUGGCUCCAGAGAAAGCCAUCAAACUCACUGUGAAUGACUUUGUGAGAGACAAAUUUACUACUAAAAACGACACGAUACCAUUGGCUGCUGAGAUUCUCGCUGGCGGUUGUGCUGGUGGCUCGCAGGUUAUUUUCACCAACCCUUUGGAAAUUGUUAAGAUUCGUCUGCAGGUUGCCGGGGAGAUCACUACAGGUCCCAGAGUGAGCGCGCUCAGUGUGGUUAGAGACCUCGGCUUCUUUGGCCUCUACAAGGGUGCCAAGGCUUGUUUCCUGCGCGAUAUCCCCUUCUCUGCCAUCUAUUUCCCAGUAUAUGCUCAUACGAAGGCACAGCUAGCAGAUGAAGAUGGGCGACUGGGGCCUCUUCAGCUCCUCACAGCUGGUGCCAUUGCAGGUGUCCCAGCUGCCUCCCUUGUUACUCCUGCUGAUGUCAUCAAAACACGAUUGCAGGUGGCCGCCCGUGCUGGUCAGACAACUUACUCUGGAGUGAUCGACUGUUUCAGGAAGAUCAUGAAGGAGGAGGGCUUUAAAGCGUUAUGGAAGGGAGCUGGAGCUCGUGUAUUCAGGUCAUCUCCUCAGUUUGGUGUGACCUUGGUGACCUAUGAGCUCCUUCAGCGAUGGUUCUACGUCGACUUUGGAGGACAUCGCCCUGCUGGUUCUGAACCAAGGCCUAAAUCGCGGAUAUCUGAGCUUCCUCCUGUCAGUUCUGAGCAUGUCGGUGGCUAUCGUCUGGCUGCUGCCACUUUUGCUGGGGUGGAGAACAAGUUCGGACUGCACCUGCCCAAGUUCAAAUCCUCUGGGGUCGUAACCCUUUACUCCGAAACACCCAAGGAACAAGCAGCCUCAUCAUAAAAACAUUCCCAUCCCACUCCGUCCUUGUCCUCCAAUGGCUGCAGGCCUCCCUCCCGCAGUCUGGCCUACAUUUUCCACUCUCUUUUUUUUUUUUUUUCUCUCAUUUCUUUCAGUUUUUAGGUGGGGGAUUGGGGGGUUAUACAAAUUUUCAGGGUCUUGUUAGUUCUCAUCAUUGCCUCAGAUUUGAUGAAGUGCACUGGGUAAAUGUCAUAGUGUGAUUGCUAAAGCACAAGUAGACAUUUUCUUUUCCACACUGAUCAGGACCUAAAGCGACACAUACAGUCUAAUAUGUAAUGACAAGAGCUCUAGAUUAGAGGUCUGCACGCACCUUAAAAUGAAACCCGACCCGUACCCAAGACCGUGUGGUCCGAACCUACCAGAUCCGAAUGAUACAGUCAGAUUUUAAGCCCGAACCCGACCCAAAAUUCCUUUCUAACUUCUUCUCCUAACAAGUACUGUUGCAAUAGGCUAUAUUUUAUGUAAGCAUUUAGGCAACAUUCAUAUAAAUACUGAAACAUACACAGUUUUAACUACUCAUGGCUGUCCCUUAGUACACUAGAGCAGAAGGGAAAAAAGCAUUGGCUCACCGUUUAUGUACUGAAACUUCACCUGGUGCAUCUGGAAUAAUAUGAAACACUGCAACGGUCCCCUCUAUCUAGCCUGAACUUGUUCAGAAUGUUGAAUCUUUGUGUCAACUGUGCUGAAAACAAUCUAGAUGCAACGCAAAGAAUGAAAGAGCACAGGUGUCUCAAAUGUUUUUGAAAAUCUGAAGUUCCUUUUAACUUGACAUGGUGUUUAAAAUAUGCCUGUCCUGCUAAGACACUGAAGAAAAAGCAAGAUGUGGUGCAAAUGUCUAAGACGUUCGUCCAGCAUGUGUUUAUCAAUGGAAAAACAGAACAGAGGUGUGCAAAAACACAUUCUGUGUGAACGGCCCCUAACUCGUCCGUUUAUCUGUGAGUGAGAGCCCAAGUGCGAAACAAGUUCGGUAAGCCUGUUUAUUAAAUUUUUUUAUUAAUUGCAUACCCGAAGUCCUACUUGAAAAACUGACCCUAACCCGGCCCGAAACCCUUCGGGUUCUCUGAUCCCGUCGAGCCCAGGUCAGGUUGCAGACCUCUACUCUAGAUCAUCGUCAACCACAGCAUACUGAACUUACAACCAUGUGGCUGUAAUGAGUUAAAGAACGUUUUGUCAACAUUUACUCGCCCUAAUGUUGUUGUUAGACAUGAGGGUGAGUAAGUAAUUACACAAUUUUCAUUUUUGGGUCAAGUAUUUCUUUAAAGAAUCUCCUGAAAGUAAAGCUUAACACUCAUUCUCAGUUCCUCCCCAAAAUAUAAAAAUGUGCUGCUUUUGAGUUUUAUUCUCAUUAUUACUGAUGUAUUGAUGUGACCGAAGCGUGCACUCUUUAUUUGCUCAUUUGGCUUUGGGUAGCUUGCACAUGUACUGGACUGUAUAUACAUGUUCAUCUCCUGCACAGAGAGAUGGAAAAGACUAAUUUCUCUGCGUCACUCUGACGGAUGUACAGAGGUUUUAAAAAGUCAUCUGUUGAUCAAAGAAAUCAUGGUUGAUUUUAAAUAUAGAAAAUAAUUUAAAUGUAUUUCAUUCUUGUAUUUUAUGGAAAUAAAUCAAUGCGGUUAAAUUUUAUAUGUAGUU